AUGAGCAAUACACAGGUGAUCGCCGAGUUGGAACGAGAGCGGGACCGUCAUGUGCUCUCCAUUCAAAGCCAUGUCGUUCAUGGGUACGCAGGAAAUAAGGCCUCCGUUUUCCCGCUCCAGCUACACGGUUUCGAUGUCGACUUCAUCAACAGUGUUCAAUACUCAAAUCAUGCGGGUAACAUCGAAUACUUGACGCUUCCAACAAGAUAUCCUACUGUGAAAGGGCAAAAGCUCACCGAGAAAGAGCUGGAAGAGCUCUACGAAGGUCUCGUGCUCAACAAUGUGAAUCACUAUACACACAUUCUCACAGGGUAUUGUGGUAACGUUGAAUUUCUCAAAAAAAUAGCUGAUAUUGUAAAAGACCUGAAAAAGAAAGAUCCAACAACGAAGUACGUCUGUGAUCCAGUAAUGGGAGACAAUGGGCGCUAUUACACCCCUAAAGAGCUCAAGCCAGUUUACCUUGAUCUGAUCAUCCCACUGGCAGAUGUUCUGACACCAAACGCGUUCGAACUCGGAGAGCUCACCGAUACGCAGAUAGAAACUGAAGAAGAUUGUUUGAGAGCAGUGAAGAUUCUUCACGACAAGGGAGUGAAAACCGUUGUUGUCACUAGUGGUGUAACUGGAGCUCAAACGGACGAAUGUCUCAGGUGUUAUGCCAGCGUUGCUGGAAGUGAAAUUUAUCGUUUUACCUUUCCAAGGUUGAGAGGGCAGUUUGUUGGAACUGGAGACGUCUUUGCCUCACUUUUAGUGGUUUGGCUAGACGAAACGAAUGGAAAUGUGGCGGAAUCGGUGAAAAAGGUUCUUGGCUCUAUGCAAAAAUUAAUCCAGAGGACAAGCGACUUUGCUCAACAACAGGUCGACCAAAACUCGAGAGCAAUGUGUGAACUGCGUCUUGUCCAAUCCCGGAAAGAUCUUGUACUGCCUCCAACUUGUGAACAAGUUAAAGUAGAAAAGAUCGAGAAUACGAACUAA